AUGAUGUCCCUGGAGGCGAGACGCGAGGCGCUGAGGUUGCCGCGCCCGGACGUCGCGGCGCCGGGGAUGGAGGAUCCGUGGAACGAUGAGAAGUGGCAAAAGGUGAAGUGGACGGUGUUUCGAGACGUGGCGUACGACCUCGGACCGUUCUUUGAGAAGCAUCCGGGCGGGAACUGGUUGUUGAACCUCGCCAUCGGUCGCGACUGCACGGCGCUCAUGGAAUCCUAUCACUUGCGACCAGAGGUGGCGACGGCGCGCUUCAGGAUGUUACCCAAGCUCGAGGGGUUCCCGGUCGACGCCGUGGCGAAGUCACCGAGACCGAACGAUUCGCCGCUGUACAACAACAUCCGCAAUCGCGUUCGCGAGGAACUUUUCCCGGAAGAAGGGAAGAACAAACACAGAAUGGGUGGCGACCACGCGACGAUAACGAUUUUGUCUUUCGCCGCGUUUGCGUACGGUGUGUACGCCACCAUCCCGGGCUUUCUCUCGGGUUGCCUCCUUGGCUUAGCUGGUGCGUGGAUCGGGCUCACGAUUCAGCAUUGCGCCAAUCACGGGGCGAUGUCACCGUCGCCCGCCGUCAACGGCGUCCUCGGUUUGACGAACGAUCUCAUCGGCGGCUCGUCUUUGAUGUGGCGAUACCACCACCAGGUGAGCCACCACAUUCACUGCAACGACAAUGCUAUGGAUCAAGACGUGUACACCGCCAUGCCUCUCUUGCGUUUCGACGCUCGUCGUCCCAAGGCGUGGUACCACCGCUUCCAGCACUGGUACAUGUUCUUGGCCUUUCCGUUGUUGCAGGUGGCGUUCCAAGUCGGCGACAUCGUCGGUUUGUUCACUCGCGAUACCGAAGGCGCAAAGCUCCACGGGGCGACCACUUGGGAACUUGCCACCGUAGUUAUCGGCAAGUUUGUGCACUUCGGUUUGUUGGCUGCACCUUUGAUGAGCCACGCGGCUUCCGCCGUCGUCGCCGGCAUCGUCGGUUUCAUGGCGUGCCAAGGAGUCGUCCUCGCGUGUACGUUCGCGGUGAGUCACAACGUGCCCGAGGCCAAACUCCCUGAAGAUACCGGUGGAGAGGCGUGGGAAAGAGAUUGGGGCGUGCAGCAGUUGGUGACUAGCGCUGACUGGGGUGGAAAGAUUGGAAACUUUUUCACCGGCGGUCUGAACUUGCAAGUCGAGCAUCACCUGUUCCCGGCGAUUUGCUUUGUGCACUACCCCGCGAUCGCGAAAAUUGUCGCGGAAGAAGCGGCGAAGAUGGGCAUUCCUUACUCGUCAUACAGAACACUUCCCGGCAUUUUCGUCGCGUUCUGGAAAUUCGUCAGAGACAUGGGCACGGCGGAGCAAAUCGACGACGUUUUACUUCCGAAGUUCGCGAACCCGCAACUUUCGCCAGCCAUCAAUUAG